CCUAGUCCUCCUCUGGGUCGUCGCUGCCGGUCCCGCGUUCGGACGAGUCAUGGAGCUGUCGGCGGCGUGGAGCGCGCUUAGCACCGGCCUGGUGCCGCCCGAAGCCUUGGGGAUGGAGGCGCCGCCGCACUACGACUCUCCGUCUGACCUGCACCCGGCCCUAGAAGCCCUCCGCCGCCAUGGCUUGCAGGGCGCUCUGGAAGAGUGGUUCCUCGAGGUCCUGCAGACGGACCUCCAGUCCCGAGUGGGUCCCGAGUUCUGGCGGUGUGCGGCGUCGCCCGGUGACCCCCAGGGCUGCCCUCCCCUCCUGGAUGCCUUCCGGAUGCUGGAGAAGUGCCUGGCGCCGUACGUCCGCGGCGCUGCCCUGCUGAAGGAGUGGGCGCCCGAAGGCAGCGCCGGGCACCUGCGCGGGAACCUCGAUGCCCUGCUGCGCGCUGUGGUUUUCCUGGCGCCCCCCGGGGAGUUCCGGGAGGCGCUGGGUGAGCUCUACGGGCGCAGCUUCCGGAUCUACAUGGGGCAGCGCCCCGAGGCGGCAAACGUAGCACGGGAAGAGGCAGAUUCGAUGUGUGCUGGGUGCGGCCGAGGCGAGGAGGGGUGCUGGUGCGUGGGAACCAUAGCGCGCUUUGAGGAGCUGAACGCCAUCCUGCACCGCCUCCACCUCCUGGAGCGCAUCAGCACGCCCGCCGUCACUGACCUCCUCCACCGCAUGAUCACUGAGCGCCUGGAGGGCACCUGUCGGGGCGAGUUCGAGCGCUCCUUCCUGGGUGACUUCCAGGAGUGGAUCGAGCGCGUGAUUGGCUGGGUCGGCUGGGUGUUCCUGCAGGAGGGUGGGGCUGAGGCCGCCCUGCGCCGCUGGCGCUGCCACGUCCAGAGGUUCUUCUACCGCCUCUACACCGCCAUGCGCAUCGAGGAGCUCUUUAGCAUCAUCCGAGAUUUCCCCGAAUCAAAACCGGCCAUAGAGGACCUCAAGUUCUGCCUAGAGAGGACCAACCAGCGCCAGCACCUCCUGACCUCCUUGAAAAACGCCCUAGAGAUGCGCCUUCUCCAUCCCGGGGUCAACACCUCUGACAUCAUAACCCUCUACAUCUGCGCCAUCAAGGCCCUGCGGCAGCUGGACCCAUCGAUGGUCAUCCUUCAGGUUGCCGGGGAGCCGAUCCGGAAGUACUUGAGGACCCGCGAGGACACCGUGCGGCAGAUUGUGGCGGGCCUGACGGGUGAGGGCUCAGGCGACCUGGCCCACGAACUCUCGAGGGCUGACCCCGUCACCCUGGACAACGGGCAGGAGAGUGACGAGGACGCCGGCACCCGUCCCGAGGAUUGGGUGCCCGACCCAGUCGAUGCCCACCCAGCGGGAAAGCCCCACGCCAAGCGCCGCUCGGCCGACAUAAUCACCCUCCUGGUCAGCAUCUACGGAAGCAAAGACCUCUUCAUCAACGAAUACCGGACCUUGCUGGCUGACCGGCUGCUGCACCAGUUGAACUACAGUGCUGAGAGGGAAAUCCGGAAUGUCGAGCUGCUGAAACUGCGCUUUGGCGAGACCCAGAUGCUUUACUGCGAGGUCAUGCUGAAGGACAUGGCGGACUCUCGCCGGAUCAACGCCCACAUCCGCGACGAGGAACAGAAGCUUCCGGAACAGCAGAGGCCCGCCUUCCGGCUGGCGGCCGCCAUAAUCUCCAGCGAGUUCUGGCCGCCGCUCAAGGAGGAGAAGCUGGAGCUGCCCGCAGAGAUCUGCGCCACCAUGGACGAGUACGCCCGGAAGUACGAGAAGCUCAAGGCCAUGCGGACACUGAGCUGGAAGCACCACUUGGGGGCGGUGUGCUUGGAAGUGGAGCUUGCCGAUAGGACGCUCUCGCUGUCCGUCACGCCAGCCCAGGCAGCCAUCAUCCUGCACUUCCAGAGCAAGGGCACCUGGACCCUGGAGGAGCUGAGCUCCGCCCUCAAGGCGCCGCCCGCCUCCCUGCGCCGCAAGCUUGCCCUCUGGCUCCAGCAGGGGGUGCUGCGUGAACACCCGCCGGGGACCUUCUCGGUGGUGGAGGAGGCGCCCAAGGACCCCCCCGACAAGGUGGUGCUGGUCGAGAGUGAUGACGAGGGCGACUCCGCCAUGGCCUCCCAGGCCGACCAGAAAGAGGGAGAGCUGCAGGUCUUCUGGACCUACAUCCAGGCCAUGCUGACCAACCUAGAGAGCCUGCCCCUCGAGCGGAUCCACAGCAUGCUCAAGAUCUUUGUCAUGACUGGACCCAUGGUCAGCGAGAUUGACCUUCGCGAGCUCCAGAUCUUCCUCCAGAAGAAGGUCCAGGACGAGCAGCUUGUCUAUUGUGGCGGUGUCUACCGCCUCCCCAAGGCUGGGAACUGAAGCACCGGGUGCGAGAAACACGAGUGCGAGAGACACGGGUGCGAAAGACCCACCUGGUGCUGUCCGUUUGGAGACCCUGGCGUCUGUGGCCCGGAUCCCUGCCGGUGGGGGCUGAAGGGUGCGCUACAGUUCCCAGACAAUAAAGCCAUUUGUUCACAGUCAAGCGCCUGGUUUUUUCUCCCCCUUCGGAAUUUGUUUACUGCAAAGUCAAUGCAUCAGUAUAAAAGCAUGUGGGAAUAAGAAUGGAAAGAAAGGAAAAGGAAAGAAGA